ACAAGCCUCUUUCUAUUAACAAACGAAACAUGGUGUCAGGUGUGGGGUUAAUAAUAAUGGAUUAUUAGGAAAACGAUCAGCCACCUAAACAAAUACAACAGAUGGAUGUAUCAUGGAAAGCAGAACCAAAUUAAAGAAGAAACAAAAAAUGAUCAAGAUCUAAAACAAAUUUUAGAUUUUUAUGAACAUGGUUGGCCUAAUAAUGUUAAACAAUAUUCAAAGGUAGUUAAACAUUUUUGGAAAAUUAAACAUGACAUUACAGUUAAUAAUGGUAUUAUAUAUUUUAAUGAACGAAUUGUAGUUCCUCAAUCGUUACAAAGUUAUAUGUUAAAAAUUUUACACGAAACCCAUCUAGGUAUAGAAAAAACCAAAGCUAGAGCUAGAGAAGUAUUGUAUUGGUUAGGCAUGUGUAAAGACAUAUAUGAAUAUAUAUCAGGCUGUGAAAUGUGUGAGAAGUUUAAUAGAAAUCCGCAAAAGGAACCUCUUAUGUCGUAUGAAUGUCCAACGCGACCAUGGUUUCGAAUUUCAGCUGAUAUAGCUUAUUAUGCUGGUAAUAAGUAUCUUGUUGUGAUUGACUCAUAUAGUAAAUGGAUUGAAUUGAAAAAGUUGAAAUAUAAAGAUUCUCAUGAGUUAAUCAAGCAUUUUAAAGAAAUUUUUUCACGACAAGGUAUUCCUGAAGUCCUUAUUGCAGAUAAUAUGCCAUUUAACAGCUUUAAUUUCAGAAAUUUCGCGAAUCAGUGGAAUUUUAAAGUCAUUACUACUAGCCCAAAUUAUCCGCAAUCUAACGGACUAGCUGAGAAAGGUGUAGGAAUAGUAAAAAAUUUGUUUCGAAAAAAUACUGAUAUAGACUUAGCACUGUUAGAGUAUAGGACAACACCAAUUGUAAAUUUAGGAUUUUCACCAAGUCAGUUACUAAAUAAUAGACGUUUAAGAUCAAAAUUACCUGUCAAUAACAAAUUAUUAAAUACUGAAAAUAUAAACCCGAAAUAUGUACAUGAUAAAUUAAAAUCUAGUCAGAUAAAUCAAAAAAAGUACUAUAAUAGAAGUGCAAAAACAUUGUCUUCAUUUGAACCGGGUCAAAAUGUGUAUGUAAAGAAUCAUAACAAUUGGGAAAAGGGAAAAGUAGAAGAUAAGUACGACACACCGCGGUCUUAUAUUGUAAAAACUGAGCAAGGUCAAGUGUUUAGGAGAAAUAGACGUCACCUUCGUGAAUCGAAAAAGGAGUUUGUUCCGCGUGGUAAUGUUGUCGAUCCAAUUUCUGAUUCUGAAAAUGAGACAUGUACCCCUAGUAUGAAUAAUUCGACCCCUUUUAAAACUGUGUCAUCCCCAACAAAAAUUAAUAAUGAUGUAAAUGUAUGUGCAGGUAAGGAACCUGUAAGUCGACCUCACAGAAAUAGAAAUAUGCCAUCCAAAUACAAAGAUUAUGAAGUGUACAGUGUUCCUUCAACCUUCAAAUAGUUUUGUAAUCUUAGUGAGGGGGGUGUUACAAGUGUUAUUGGCAUCCCUGCCAUUUAGUGAGAAUUAGUUAAGUUGGCAAUGACCAACAUUAAUGGACUGUGUAUUUUGG